AUGUCAAAAAGUCGACCUCUCUCGAUCUCAGAGCUCUCGUACUUCAACAAUGCUCGUAACAAUCUGGAGCUCGAACUCCAAAGUGUUCAACAGACUCUCCCAUCGUAUGCGAAGGACCGAGACGACUUGCUGCGCGUUGCAGAAGUCAAGAGGUUGACUGCUCUUCUCUACCUGCGACAGCGCCUUGGGACUUCACGCAAUUCAUCAAUCCUGAGCCCUGUAAGUGUGGGUCUAUAUGCUCGAUACCCCAUAACUUUUAAUACGAAUACAACUCGAGCAUCGCCCAGCCCAGGGCCGCUGGCCUUGGUCGAGUCUUCUACGCUUGCCUGGAAGGAGAAAUUGGUCACAGAUAUCAUUGCGAUAAUAUCGACUCUGCCCGACACAGCGACGCUUCUUUGGCCGCUCUUUGUCGUCGGCAGCGUCGACAUUGACAACGAGGAACAUCGCCGAUUUAUACUUGAGAGGCUGCAGAACAUUCAAAACUCUCGCAAUCUAGGCAAUAUCCGCCGGGCAAGACUGGCCGUAGAGUCUGCAUAUCGAGCCAGGGAUCUUGAUCAUCCUCGAGGGAACGACUGGGGGCGUGAAGGGCGUGGAAUCAGUCUGGCAUGA